AUGAAAUUCUACGCAGUAUUCGGUGUCUUGGCAGCUUUGGCCCUCCACGCUCUUGCAGAUGAAGCCAAAGACAGCGUCCCGGCAACAGUAUCCGCAGCCAUCGACCGAGCUACCGCUGUAACGAAAGCUACAAUUUCAAACGAAAAUAAUGAAAAUUGGUCGUUGAUCCCGAACAGCUAUGGCGCUGCUCUAGCGACGGGCGGAGUGGUCGUGAUCGGAGUCGUCGUCUUGUUGGCCAUUUCAGCGAUCGUCAGCCCUUUGUUCGGCUACAGACUUUGCCAGAUAUUCAGCACCUGCGAAGUCCCACCAGCGGCAACCGGGUACAGCGCAGACGCCUACCAAUCGUUCCCACCGACUUACAACAAGAGAUCCAUCGAGUACGUCAAACCGAUCUUGCAAGUUUUGAACUCGGCCUACGAGAAGUACGGACACGGCGCCAUUCCAGCGGGUUUGGUCAACACGAUGAGGAACGUCAACAACGCACAUCAAUAA